UCUUUCCACCCCGUCCUCCACCUCUACUUGCGCGCGUUCGCGCGGGCUUGGUAGAGGCCCAGUUGCGACAACAGAGGCUCCCGCGCGAUACUUCCGUAUAGUGUGCUCUGAGACGCCCUGUGCCAGAGAGGCCCCCAAGCUUGGGAAUGGGACUCUUGCCGGAGACUUCCUGGCAAUUCAGUCAGUCAAGUUGGCGAAGGCCCAGCUACGACUGCAACGGCCCCCGCUCGAUACCUCCUCCCGGUGUACUCCAAGGCGCCAUGGCCAAAGAGAGUCCUGAGUCCUGCUCAGGCGCGCCCUCCGCAGCCAUUUUCGUCCUCAGGCCGCCGCGGUCGGAGACCAGACACCCUUCAUCGCCCGGCCCACCCCCCCGCCCGCAUCGAGCCACUCGGCGGCGCGCCGAGGCGGGCGGUGCGAGGGGGCAGAGUCCUUCUCGGAAGGCGGCGGAUCUCCUCGGAAGCCCGCCGGCCCUCUCAGAAGUCGCCUCGUCUUCGGGCUCCUCGAAGUGCCCCCCGCCCCGGGCGCGCGCCGAUCGUCGAGCCAUGGCCCACCGCACCGCCAGCGCGCUGCUGCCACUGGCGCUCCUCGCCGCCCUGGCGGCGCUCCUCGGCCGCCAGGCCGCCUUCGCCGGGGCCUCCGCGCGCGGCGCAGCCGCCGCGGGGGCCGCGCGCGCGGCAGGGGCCGCCGCGCUGCCACUGGGCGCGGAGGAGCUGGCGGCGGCCAUCCCCGACGCCUCCUCCGUGAUGGUGGCCGACGCCAGCGAGGUGAUCCCGCUCCUGUCGUUCAUCUCCUCCAUCUUCCUGGGCAUCACGGGCUACUCGAUCUACACGGCCUUCGGGCCGCCGUCCGAGGACCUGCGCGACCCGUUCGAGGAGCACGACGACUGAGUGCGGUCGGGGUGCCCCCCUCUCGCGAGGGCCGGCGGCUGGACUCCCGAGUGGAGUGAGGGGGGGGGGUCUGAGGAACCCCCUCGUGCUCAGACCCCUGGGGGUGGUGCCCGGACGGGGCGCGCGGCCCCGUUCUUCGCGGCCGGCGGAGAGGCCGCCGGCCUGCCAUUUUCACGCGGCGCUCCACGGGGCGGCCCGCGUCUCGCCAUCGCCGUUGGCGCCAGCCGUGUGUAAAAAGUUUCGCGCGCGAUCGACCGCGGAUCGGCUGGCCAGGAAAGCACUCUGCCGGGCGGCGUGCGGCGGACGGCGGCUCCCGCCUUCCCCUGCUUCCUUUUCCGCUCCCGUCCUGG